AUGGAAGAUAGGAAGCUCACGACUCCACCAGCAUAUCGCUCACUAAACGAAUACUUAUUGGCUGGCGCAUUCGGGUGUGUUGCGCUGGGCUCCGGCGGCGUCGCGGACACCCUGAUGGCGACCUGCACUGCACCGACCUGCACUACCGUCGCGCUUCCCGUUUGGAAGGCUGUGAUCUGCACCCCGUGCCUCCAGACUUAUAACCGCAUCACCCUGCACCCUUCCUUCCCUCACGCAGGACGUGCCAAACGGAUCGCGCUGGACGCUUCCGACCCCUCCCACAUAAUCACAAUACCGCAAAGAGGAACCAAUAAAAUCCUCGUUUUCUCCUCAUCAUGGUCGCCAGGUUGCGCACCGCCGUCCACCUCACAGCCAUCCUCUUCUCUCUGCACGCUGCUGCUCUUCCAGCCCUUUACAUCCAUCCACGGGACGAACCAAGACAUCCAGAGCGUCAGGGACUACAUGGGGAAAUCCCUCCAAGCCUACCUCGCCACACAGAACACGCAGAAGGGUGCGAUGUUCAUCGCAGAGACGGCGUGGCGCGCAAUUGUCAUCGACACACGGGGUGUAGCUGAUGACUCGAACUCUGGUGGAAGCGAUUCAGGUAGUUCGGCUGGAAUGGAUGUUAUGACAGGCAACGUGGAUGGUACAGGCGCGGAAGGUGAUGGAUUGACGGAUCAAGCUAGUAAGAGGGACAUUGGUGAGGAUGACGGGGAGGAAGAGUGGUGGAAAAGGUGUGACGACGAGCUCAUGGGUAGCGUCUUGGUCAGCCGACAAGAUGAUACAGAUUCUGGAGGCUCUGAUACUUCCGGGGACUCGAACAGUGGAGAUGACAGCUCUGAAGACACUGGUUCUGAUGGUACAGAUUCUGGGGUAACAAGCUCCGAAGACUCAAGUUCAGGUUCUGGAGGAUCAAGUUCUGGGAGCUCUGACAGCAGCGCCGCUGACACUGCAAUCGCUGUCGCUAAUAACGACGUAUACGAACUCUUCGAUAAGAUCUCGUGGUCGAAGGACAAUCACGUUAACUUCUUCAGUGACCAAUACAUCCAGUUCACCAAAGAAAUUGGCGACAUCUUCUCGGGCCAGGAAGUUACCAAAGCCCAAACGGAGGAGCUCCAGAAAUGGGCCAACUUGCAGUCCACGCUGUGUACCGUACAGCUCGCCAACGUCACCGAAAAAGCGCGCUACUACUACGAACAAAUGAAACAACUCAGCGAUGGCGUCUCGGAUUUCGAUACAUGGGUUACGACCGGUUACGCCGAUUACAAGAUGACGUACGACGAGUGUCAAGCGGCGCUCAGCAAGUACAACAAUCUCGCCGACGAGGUCUUUGGCAGAUACCGGGGCCCAAUCCAUCUUGCUACGACCAACAUCGAGCCGUUAGACGAUGCACAGGUCAAUAUCCCAGGUGUCACUAUGAUGCUCGGAUCAGGGACAGGAUCAGUGUAUGGAAAAUCGGAUGCGGUACCGUAUUACGACCUUCCUGGAGCUAAGGGUACUGUGGCGGCAUGGAGAGAGCAGGCUGAAUCUGGAGGCAGUGAGGACUCGGGUGGUAUGAGAAAGAGGAAGACCGGAACUGGAGAUGGGAAAAAGGGCGACGGGAAGGGCACUGGAGGUGGCGCUUCGGGAGGGGAUGCCGGAGGCGACUCCGGGAGUGACACUGGAGGGGACACGGGUGGCGAUACAGGAGGAGACACGGGUGAUGACACAGGAGGAGACACGGAUGACGGUACGACGGGAGAAGGCACUGACAACUCUGGAGGCAACAGUUCGAGCAGCGGAAGUGCUACAUUCAAAGUUCCCCCAGGAUAUUUCUCCUACAUCAGUUCCUCAAAUUCUGGAAGCGUUCAAGGAGAAACCGACAACGGGGGUGGUGGGGUCAGCUUUGGGAUCGGGGAUGUCUCGAUCGGAGGUGGGGGCGACACUAGCAAGAGCAGCACAUCAACCGAACUGAAGAUGAAGAGUUUUAGCAUCGCAUGGAAGGCUGCACUUCUCCCCAUCCAGCGGGGUACCUGGUUCGAUGGCUUCCGUGUCGCGAGUCUGAUGGCCAACAUCGGACAAACCGACACUGACGAGAACGACAAGGAGGUCGAUGCCAAUGCGACAGAAUCCUUCAACAAAUGGUUUGGCAACCAGGACAGCCCUGGUCCCGCCGCCGAGUACAACGACAUUGCGCUCAUUAUCUAUCGCCCGAUCUUCACGAUGGAGUUCUCCGACACAAAGACCUAUCAGGAGUUCAAGCAAACGUCGGCUUCCGCUGGAGUCUGUUUCUUCUUCAUUUGUGUGGGAGGAAACGGCGGAAGCAGUAGUAACAAGACGUCGUUCAGCGAGACAGCGAGCUCGGUAACGUAUGAAGACUUGUCGAACAACGUGUACUAUGCAGGAAGCCUGAAAGGCUCUUUCUGGACACAGUCAAGCGACGGCGGCGAUGGCGGCACAGAAGAGACGCAGGUGGGAAAACGGUUGUUGGACUGA